AUGAAGACGUCAUUCAGCUCAGCAGUCGUUGCGCUGCUCAUCGCAAUCGUCAGCAGCCUCGUCUCGACGGCGCUGUCCGCCCCGGUGAGCGACAUCAACAAUCCCUCGCUGAAGGGUCUCACAUCCACUACCUUCGACUCCAGCGUCGCAAAGGGCAUGUGGUUCGUCGAGUUCUUCUCCCCUUGGUGCCACCACUGCAAGGCAUUUGCGCCCACGUACGCCGAUUUGGCCGAGAUACAGGAGCCGCUCGAGCAGACGAGCGAUUUCUACAUCAGGAGGGUCAACUGUGUCGAGCAAGGUGACUUGUGCGAUGCGCAGAAGGUGAGGGGUUACCCGUCCCUCUUCCUCUAUCAGGAUGGACAAAAGGUGGACGAGUAUCGCGGGAACCGAUCUUUCGAGGACCUCAUGUCCUUCACCACGGCAAAGGCGAGCGACUACCGUAAGGCAAAGGCAGGCGUAGCGGCGUGA